AUGUUUGGAUCUAUAUCUCGAUCUAUAGGAGUUAGCACCUUCCGUGGAACUCCAUUCAGAGCAUUCCACUACUUAAGAAAACCAUUACCAACUGUUUACGACCCACUCCCACCGAAAAGAAACGGGGAGAACGUAAUGACAUACAUCCACAAACAACUUCUUUCGAAACAUGAUCCAACGGGGAAAAGACGUGAAUUAGUCAACUACGAAAAUGGAUUGCGAGCAGGAGAUAUAAUUAAAGUCACCUACUUAGACCGUUCUGAUGUAACUGGAAGGAUCAUGGCCAUCAAACGAGGUCAGCGUAACUUAGGAUCCAAUAUCUUGUUGAGAACCAAACUAAAUCGUGUUGGGUCUGAAAUUCGCAUCCCGGUUUAUAAUCCAAAUAUCAGAAAUAUUGAAGUGCUUUAUAAGCCAAAGACAUAUAUGCCUAGGGCUGCACAUUAUUAUAUUAGGGAGUCAAGAAGGGAUGUAGAUGAUGUGGAAGCUUUCGUAAGGCGUCAACGUGGAGAGAAGAAGAAGCAUUGA